AUGGUUAAAGAAAUGUGGGAUACUUUUGACGGAACUUUUGGCACUAAGGGCAACAUUGCUUUUACGAUGGAUGUUUUCAAAAACAUCAUAAAGAUGUGCAGCACUACCUCUCCUUUUCACACUACAUUUCUCUCUAUGUAGAAGCUGGGCAAUUUGCUUGAUCAGUAACAGCCUAUUAUGAUAGACACACUCACUCAACAACACUACAAUUAUGAAUUUUUGAUAACUACAUAUCUUGAUGUAAUUAAUCUAACUCUGGCCUCUCAAGUAUGAGGCUUUGUAUUAAAUGACAAGAUGGGACCCCUUCGACAUUAGUGGAGAUCUUCAACAUAGUCAAACAAGUAACUCUUCUCAUCUCCACAUCGACUUCAGCAUCAUUGAAGAUAUCAUCACCUGCUCUCGAAGCCUUGACUACUGCAAUUACUACUCAAGAAGCAAGACGAGAAGGGGGCCCUGCCCCUUGUGGUGGGAAAGGGAAGAGUGGUCAUGGAGCUUCUUCCAACUAGGCUCACAUUUUUUAAUGCAAAUAUUAUGAGAGGACUAAUCACUAGGCAACCAAGUGCUACAAAAAGUUUGGCUAUCCAUCUAACUAGCUAAGUCUGCUUUCUCUAAGCGGGUUCUACAUGCACUCUACUACCUCCUUGUUACCAAUUACUACUUUUUCACGCUCACAAGGAUCCUCUUUGAGACCAGCUCCAACUCCUACAUAGGUGAUUGGGAUCUCUAUGUCUUGUAAGGAGUAUGACUAGUGGAUGCACUCCAAAGAGGUGGCUUUGACUUCCCACUCAUUGCAUCAUGUUUCAUCUUCUAA